ACAUACGAAUCUAUAGCUCUCUCUUCUCUCUCUAAGCUCUAAAGUCUAAACUGACAGCCGAAGUCUUAUCUCUCUCUAGGAUGAAGCAGACCAUCGCCACCACCGCCUCUGCGCACUUCCGCCGCUGUCCGCCCUCUCUCUCUUAGAUGAUGAAACUAUCCAUUUCUCCUUCCAUCAUCUUCUCCGUCGUCAGUGUUACAUUUCUGUCUUUCUUUUUCUCGUUACCAUUGACCACCCAUGCCUUGGGAUCCAGUUCCACACUCGCUGUCACCUCCACCUCCGUGUGCGGCAUCGUGGGGGAGAAGUCCACCCAGAGCAUCAUAUGCUAUAGAAUAAGUGGCGAUAUUAUAAGCGUCGAACCCAAUGUCUCCUUCUCUGCUAUUUCCGGUGGGCAGGACUUCUUCUGUGGUCUCCGGUCCGGCGGUUACGCUUUCUUGUGUUGGGACACAUCCAAUUCAAGUGAUAAUUCGAGUUUCAAUAACCCAAAAAGAGUUUACUUUAACACCACUGUUCUAUUACAGAAUCUCGCGGUUGGUGAGAAUCAUGUUUGCGCGAUUGUAAACGACACAGCGAAUGCCAAUGGCACCGGUACUGUUAGAUGCUGGAGAGGCGAUGGACAUGUCAGCAACCAAACGCCGGCAGAUGGUGAUCAAUUUGAGUCAAUCUCAUCUGGGAAUGGAUUUUCGUGUGGGAUUUUGAUGAAUAGUAGCAGGAUUCGGUGUUGGGGAAACAACCCAAUAGCGACAAAGAUAGAGUCCGAAUUUGGGAAUAUGCCAAUGGGUAGUAUUGCAGCGGGUGGUUCCCAUGUUUGUGGAGUGAAUUCAACUGGGUUCUUGGUAUGUAAAGGGGAUAAUAGCUCUGGUCAGUUAGAUGUUCCUUUGAAUUCUGCAUUAGAGUAUUCGCAAUUUUCACAAUCAAAAUUGGCUCUUGGGGAUAAUUAUAGUUGUGCACUAAGAAGAAAUGGAUCGGUGGUUUGUUGGGGAGGAGGAGGAGGAGGAGGACUAGGACUAUUUCCUGUGGGGAUUUCCUUUGAGUCGAUUGUUUCAGGGGCUAAUAUCACCUGUGGAUUGAUGACCUUGAAUUUUUCGAUAAUGUGUGGCGGACCUGGGUGGCCUAAUGUGGAUAACUCUGGGAUUCAGAUUCUUCCAUUCACAGACAAAAUUCUUCCAGGGCCUUGUGUGCAAUCUUCUUGUGAAGGUAAAUUGUAUCCGGAUUCUGCUAGCUUGUGUUCUGGUUCAGGGAAUAUUUGCUACCCUCCUGAGUUAAAUGUUUCACUACCACCACCCCCAUUCCCGCCUUCACCUCCACCGCCGGUGAUAUUGUCUUCUCCAUCAUCUCCGUCCAAAGAAUUGAAAAAUGGGUUAUUGGCGUUUGCCAUUGUUGGUUCUGUAGGAGUUUUUGCAGGUAUUUGCACUAUUAUUUACUGCUUGUGGGCUGGAGUUUGUUUUGGAAAAAAGAAAGUGCACAAUUCUGUUCAACCCACAAUAAAUAGAGCUGGUUCAAAUGGAGGCACCACAUCAAACCAUAGCGGUCUUAUUUCGAGAUCAUCAACGAUUAGGCGGCAGAGCUCAAGGGCAAUGAGGCGCCAGAGGAGUGGAACCUCAUCGAAACAUGCAGAUAGGGCUGAGGAAUUUAGUCUAGCUGAGCUUGCUGCUGCUACAAAUGACUUCUCACUAGAGAACAAGAUUGGUGCAGGGAGCUUUGGUGUUGUUUAUAGAGGCAAAUUAGUUGAUGGUCGCGAAGUGGCGAUCAAGAGAGGGGAAACAGGCCAAAGGACAAAGAAGUUUCAAGAGAAAGAGAGUGCAUUUGAAUCUGAAUUGGCAUUCUUGUCAAGGCUUCACCACAAGCAUUUGGUUAGGCUUGUUGGGUAUUGUGAAGAUGGGGAUGAGAGGCUUUUAGUCUAUGAUUACAUGAAGAAUGGAGCUUUAUAUGACCAUUUACAUGACAAGAACAAUAUUCAAAAGAAGAGUAGUGUGAUAAAUUCCUGGAAAAUGAGGAUCAAGAUUGUAUUAGAUGCUGCUAGAGGAAUUGAAUAUCUUCACAAUUAUGCAGUACCACCGAUAAUUCAUAGAGAUAUCAAGUCUUCUAACAUAUUGCUCGACUUGAAUUGGACAGCAAGAGUUUCAGAUUUUGGACUGUCAUUGAUGGGUCCUGAAUCUGAAAGAGAUCACAGGCCAAUGAAGGCAGCAGGAACAGUUGGCUACAUUGAUCCUGAGUAUUACGGUCUAAAUUUAUUAACAGCAAAGAGUGAUGUCUAUGGCCUUGGUGUGGUAUUAUUAGAACUUCUGACAGGCAAGAGAGCUAUAUUCAAGGAUGAUGAAAAUGGAGGCACACCAACAAGUAUAGUGGAUUUCGCAGUGCCUAGAAUUAUGGCUGGGGAAUUGGUUAAGGUUUUGGACCCCAGGGUCGGUCCGCCGCAGCUUAAUGAAGCAGAGGCUGUGGAGCUCGUAGCAUAUACUGCACUUCACUGUGUGAAUUUGGAAGGAAAAGAUAGGCCAACUAUGACUGACAUUGUUGCUAAUUUGGAGAGAGCGUUGUCUCUCUGUGAUGGUAGUCAUGGCAGCAUCUCCGGUGAUACAAUCUCAAUUGUUUCAGAAUGAAAAAUUCAGCCCAGAAAGAGCUACAAAAAAUAACUUUUUUCCUUUAUGAUUUUUUCUUAGAUAAUUGAUUUGAUAUAGUUUUGGAAUUGGUGUAAACAAUCAGGAGCUCCCUUUUUUUUUCUGAAUUUUAGAUGAAUUAGUUGUUUCAUCUAACAUUUGUAAUUCAUCUAACAUUUAGCUGUAGUGUAGGAUUUUAUGAACACUGACAGCAAUGAGAAUGAUUAAAUGAUUUUAUUUUCAUUAAGAA